AUGUCGCCCGAGACGUCGCAGUCGCCGUCCGAGCCCUCGCCCACGGCGGCUGGCAACGGCAACGGCACAGCUGCCCGCCCGGCCAAGCGCGCCCGCACCGACGCCCAGAUGGCCCAGAAGCGCAAGGCCGACCGCCUCAAGCACCGCGUCAACCGCGCAGAGAGCAAGACGCGCCUCGAGAAUAUUGAGCGCGACGUCUCCUUCCUGCGCAGCAGCGUCGGCGACCUGCUGUCGCAGCUGCGCAUUGUGCGCCGCGCCGACCCGGCCGGCGUUGGGGCCGCCGGGGACGGCGUGCCUGGAGCUGCUGCACCCUCCGAUGCUGCUGGUGUCGGUGCUGGUGCUGGUGCGCCCCCGGCAGGCAUGUCGUCCAUGUCCGAUGCCCUCUCGAACCCCUGGUUCAAGGCCAUGAUGGACACCCCCGUCAGCGGAGGCUUCCCGCAGUUCCUCAGCACCCAGGCCUCGCCCUCGUCCAUGGGCUCCACGACGCCGCCCCCCAACGUCGUCGAGUGUCGCUGCGGCGUCGAGCACACGGACCGCACCGACUGCCUCGAGCUCAAGAGCUUCAUGAUCCUCUACCAGGCCCACAUCGCCCUCUCCCAGGACCCCAACUUUGCCAUCUCCAUCCCCCGGAACCCGUCCCUCGCCAAUCUCAUGCUCCACUCCAUCACCGACAACCCCCUGACCAUGAUCAUGGGCUCGACCCUGCGCCAGUUUGAGGUCCAGAACACCGAGACCUUGUUUGGCCUGUACUUUCUGUGCUAUCGCCUGUUGCGCUGGCGCCUGUACCCCAACCCAGAGUCCUUCAACGACGUCCCCGACCUGAUCCGCCCUAGCCGCAUCCAAAACUCCAUCCUCCACCCCGUGUCCAUCGACUACAUGCCCUGGCCGAGGCUGCGCGACUUCCUCUGCCUCAACCAGAACCGAGACUCGCGCCACUCGGUCGACCUGUACAUCCGCUCCAUCCAGCUGCGCUGGCCCGCCGACAAGCAGCUGCUCUGCCGCAGUCCCGUCGGCGACAUUCAGCUUAACCCCGAGUUCGAGUCCAUCAUAAGCGACAUCCGCUACUGGCACCUUGGCCCGCCCUGGCGCGACGCCUUUCCCUCGCUGCGCAAGUACGUCGAAUGA